ACUUGGUAUUUAAGAACGUCAAUCACAAUGCCGAGAGAGAGAGGCCAAGCAGACUCAUCGAAUGUCUCAGCCUAGAUCAGUUUCAACUAUAAUCCACGGAGUAUCCACGGCCGAGCUUCGCCUCGCUGACGGGGCACGGCGAUUCUCUCUGCUCAGAACUUGGACUCGGCCCGCCAUGUCGGCUUCUCAGAUGAUGGGUUCGCCUUCCACGCCUCCCCCUCCGACUCUCCUGGCUCCUCCCCCUGGUUUUGCUGUGAAUCAGUCCCUUGCUCCGUCUAAACCCACAAAACUGCAGAGAAGGAAGGCAGUGUCGACCAAAUCCAAGAUGGCCCUCCUGAACAUCAAAUGGGUUCCCAUUGAUCCAGCACCGGCUUAUGAAAUGAUGUCACCAGGUCAUUCCAACGGUUCAACGGGCUCAUAUCCGUCCGGUGACUAUUCAUCAGACGUAGGAUUGCUGAAGGACCCGUAUGCUCUGACGCUGCAUUUCGUCACUGAUCCAGGAGGGGCUACCAAAACCAAGAACCUCAUCAAACCCCUCGUCAAAUGGUUUGACCCAUCUUUCAAACUCUUCAACAUAGCCGAGCGGAGCAAACCAAACGGCUUCCGAGGGAAUCUGAUCGAGAGGGACGUGUUCCCCGCCCUCUCCGUCGUGCUGUUUCUGAGCCACGCCGACGACGAUGGAGAGUCAGAAAACAGGAUCAUUGAAGCCCAGGGGUACCUGGCGAGGAAACCAUGGAGGUAUCACCACCACGCCCACACACCCAGUAGGGUCUAUCUCUGCGAACCGAAUAAUCUCAAUUUCUACACCACAGAGCAAGAAAUGCCCUUGUGGGGGAUUAGACAGGUCCAUUAUGGUAAAGAACACCUGAGAUUCAUGCUGUAUACUGGCCGUGAUACCUGGCAUGACAUGAUCCGAUUCUACUGCCUCUUGCUAGGCAGAGACGUCGAGUACCAAAAGAACGAUUUCUGUUACUUCAUCGUCCACGAAGCCAGUUGCAACAUGGAUGUCCAGUUUGCUUUGAAGAUCGUGCCUGAUGACUGUUCCUGUAAACCCCUCAACUCAGCGUUCCUGCAAUUUAAGGUGCUGGAGAUUGGGGACCUGGUCCCCUUGCUGCCCAAUUCUUGCUCUCCAAUCAGCCCUCAGAGGUGGCAGACGACGGAUCCAGACGGCAACGUCACCCUCCUGUUGGUUGCCAAGAGGAGCGUCAACAACAACCUGCCUCGGGUGAAGCCAAGGCGGCAUUCCAUCGACGCGUUACAGACCUUGCUGGCCCCAAAGGCGCUGAAGCCUAGGCUUGACGGGGCCAGGCUGCGGAUGGGGGUGACGUCACCAGGCCUCCCGGCCGUUGAUGACGACGAGGAGGAGGAAGAUAUGUCAUGUUAAACCGUGCACUGGGGGCGCCCUUCUUCAGCAUGCUGGCAGAGGGCGCCCUGGGUGAUAACUUGAGACAUUAUGCAAUGGAGGGACGUCCGCACAAGACAAGCGCUUAUCUACCCGUUGCCAUUCUAUUGGCCACGCUGAUUUUAUAAUACUCUGUGCAUUAUCCCGGAGCAUUAUGACAAUCAGAUGUGGAGGUUACUAUAUAUAUCAUUAAUGCCAAUUAUUCUUGUACUAGCACAGAAUUUGUUGUUUGGUUAUCAAUUUGAAUACAAUUAUGGGUGUCCGUAGUUAAUUCUAUGGUUCUCGUUUCCAGCCGACCCUUAUGUUUGACUCCAACCGAGGGAAGAAGUCAUUCUAUGUGGGCCGACCCUGUCUGGAAUUUCCCACCGAGAAAAAAAAAGAAGGAAACAAAUUUAAUCUGAAGAAUUUCAGGAGAUCAAUCAAGUAAUUCUUUACCUCCAGUUUCAUUUUCCCCGACCAGCCUACCGGCCUCUCCGCAACUUGAGGUUAAAACAAUACGAGAACCAUGGAAUUGAAGUGAGAUGGCCCCAUGAAACAAGUUUUUUGAAGGAUUUAGAAGGAUGAUUAACAAGAGGGGUUUAAAAGACUGAACCCUCAGACUUCGGACUGUCAUGACGUUACAAGAACAGUAACACCAUCCGCGACCCAAACAGACAAAUUAAUAGAGAAAGGUUAGACAGACGUAGAGAAAGCACAACAUAUAUAGUACGAACCUGUAAAAUUACGCGGGGUGUUAAUAUAACUAACCUGCUUCUUAAUAAGCGGAAAUAGGUCGAUCAUGUAGUUGGUGCGUGAACAGAUUUCUUUGUCAUCGCGGCACCAUGUUUAUCAUGCAUCCCUUCUUACAGCCCAAUGUCUUUCACAAUUUUGGGGUAGUAUUUAUAGACCAGACAUCUUGAUUUCAUUUACAAUAAGAAGGCGAAGUGACAAUCUUAUCAAGAACAAGUAACUAACCCUUUAAAUCUAUGCUAAGGCGAAUAUGUUUAAUACCCAUUCUUUUCACGAACUUUAUAAUUUCCCUCAGUGACCACAAUCAGGACAACAGCGCCCUCUUAAGAGAUCAAAAGGAUAAUCUGCUUCCUCUCUGUUUAUUUGUACAUGUGGGGCGCAUUAUUUGCGUACCCAUGGGGAAACAAAGGAAUCUGUUAGACUGAAUUUUAGUCUGUGUCGAAGGAAAAAGUGAAUACUUUAUACACAUAGAAGCAUUUGUUUCAAUCAUGUUGUUUCUCCACAUUUUGACUAAGUAUACCUUUUACUUAUUAGUUCUUAACAAUCGUACACCUGUUAGCGUUCUCAUCUUUUCGAAAUUAUGCAAACUGAAAAUAAAUGAAUCUGCAGCUUCUAUUUACGUUUUUUUGCUCGUUCAUUUCAAGAUUUCAAAGAGGCUGUGGAAGCAUAUUCUCCAGUUGUAUACAUGUCCCUAUAGAUACGUCGAUAUCUUGAACUCAGUUAAAGUG